AUGUGUGCUCUGCUUUAUUGGGCAGCAGGUUGUAGCCUUAUUAAUUAUGGUGGUAUGGUUGCCUUCUUCAAUAUCGAUCUUCCUUCAGGAGCCCAACUACCCGCAAGGUCCAUGGGGAGCAUGUACAGCCGAUUUGGGAUGCGGGCGCUCGAAAAUGGCGCCUGCAUGAUAGACCUUUGUGACCCGGUUGCUGACUAUCGGCCUCCAAUCGAAGUUGAUCUACGCUCAACCUUCCCGGAUGGCAUUGUGAUAAAGGACGGGGAAUCGAAGCCUCUGCGGCCUUGGCUCUUCGGAAAUUGGUACAAAUCUGGCUUUGUUGGCAACAACCAGUUGUUGAUGGUUGGGCUGGGUGUCAGACUUGGUAUAAGUGGAAAAAUCCAGGAUUCGGUGGAUUACGACCGAGAUACAGUCAAUCUUCGAGGAUCAUAUCUGCGUUUCCGCACUGAUCAGGAUAUCAACUUUAUUCCCGGGAGAAUUUUAGCAGCGGAUUCGGGCUCCUCUUACGCGUUCUCCAAACUCAAAGGCUGGCUCAACAUCUGUGACAACCACCAUCCAUGCCUGUCUUCAGAUAUCCUGCGCAGUCUCCCAACAAGAGUCCUCGAUGUUGCUACAAGUCAAGAUAAAAUAUUCUUGCGCAAGACUGCGGGAAAACAGGGCAAAUACCUGGCACUGUCGCAUUCCUGGGGCUCAACACAUCGGCUGACUCUUAAAAACGCAAACUUAGCAAGAUUCCUCACGGACGGCGUUUCGGUCUCGGCUAUUCCCAAAACAUUUCGGGACGCCGUUCAGAUUGCCAGAGAAUUGGGUAUAGCCUACGUUUGGAUUGACUCCUUGUGUAUUAUCCAAGAUGAUGCCGCAGAUUGGGAAGUGGAGGCGUCGCGCAUGGGACUUGUUUAUGCCAAUUCAUAUCUCACCGUCGCGGCUCUCAGCUCAAAGGACGACUCAAGCGGCUGUUUCCCCGACAUGUCCACGAGGUAUGAGGAGCCGUUCGUCUCCCUAGACGUCAGAUCUACUGGGAGAAGGAGCUUUGUCCAUGCAGCUCCUGUUGCCUGGUGGGACGACAACGACGUUCUACCCCAUAUGGGGGGGCGAUGUACAUGGGCCACAGAUGAGGUCACCGACUGUCAAGGAGGCCACAGCUCAUGGCUUUACGUGACACCAGAGUGGAUGCCCCCCUCACCAAAGAGACAUCCGGACACCUAUCUUCUCGGUGAAUUCGGAGGAGUAUUCGAUCCCAUCGGAGACGAACCAUUGAGCAAGCGGGGCUGGACGCUCCAGGAGCGCCUUUUGUCUCCACGCACCAUUCACUACGGCCGCACACAGAUGUACUGGGAGUGCCAAGGGUGCGUCUUUGCUGAAGAUGGCGCCAUCCUUCGGAGGAUGUUCACAACCCCGAAAGAUCUGUGGGGUACCAGACCUGAGGACCCUGAGGACCCUGCGGAAAACCGCAACCGGCAGUGGAUGCGGCUGGUAGAGCAAUACUCGAUCCGGAACUUAACCGUGGCGUCCGACAAACUACCCGCACUAUCCGGUCUUGCAAACUUAUUCGGCACGAGGACCGGUGACACGUACUUAGCGGGGUUAUGGAAGAGCGGUCUCAUGAAUGGGCUAAAUUGGGGCAUAAAACUGUACGAGCCUACUCAUCAAUGUUCAGACCCUGCGCAUGAUGCUGCAAUGCCUCCAGCGACCAAGUCGCCUGUUAAAUCUCCCGCCGAGUACCGAGCCCCGUCCUGGUCAUGGGCAUCUCUCGACGCCGAAAUUGAUUAUAUGUUCGCUUUGAAAGACGAGCUAUUGGCUACUUGUGUUGAUGUGCGGGUGAAGCCUAUGGGCAAGGAUGCCUUUGGCCGCGUGGUGUCUGGAAGGCUGACACUGAAGGGCCCAGUCUAUGCACUAUCACCCCGUCCAUUGGAAGGACGUGAAGGUGUGAUUCAUCCGCUCCAAACUGGGGUGGUCGCAACAUGGUCAAGUGGUAAAAAGAUUUUUCGUUUCUGGAGGGAUGCCUCCAAGGUCUUGAAAAAAGGUAUCGCUCACUUCGACAACGAGCCGACGUUUCCUUCUGUAGCUUUAUUCUUGGAUAGUAAUUAUGCUCUGAUACUGAAAGAAAGCCAGGGAAACAUAUAUAAUAGGAUUGGUCGGGCGUCGUUUCAGGGUAAGGCUGAGGAGAGAGACAAGAUUGAUAUGCCGGAGGGAGCUGUGAGACAGGUAAUAAUUGUUUAAGCUAUAUGAGUUCAAAAUGGGCACAUUUUUCAUCUGUAAUUAAUAAUUCAGUUUUAAAUUUAAG